UAAGACCAAGUAUAGAGCGUCAAAAUUCUAGAUUUCGCUGCUCAAUUGACGUUAUCGAAAGACUUUCAGUUUGUCUCAGAUUUUUGGCAACUGGAGACACCUUUGGAACAAUAGCAAUGAGCUAUCGACUUGGUGAAACUACUGUUAGAGAGAUAGUUUAUCAAGUGUGUGAAGAAAUAUGGCGCGUACUAUCCCCCAAAUUUUUGCCAGUACCCAACAAAGAAAAAUGGAAAAAUGUAGCAGAAGAGUUCCAACGGAAAUGGAAUUUUCCAAAUUGCGUGGGUGCCCUUGACGGAAAACACGUAAUUACAGAUAAACCUCCAAAUAGCGGUUCACGUUAUUUUAACUACAAAAAAAGUUUUAGUAUUAUACUUCUGGCCUUGGUCGAUGCUAAUUAUAGGUUUUUGGCAAUUGAUGUUGGAUCUUAUGGACGUAAUAGUGAUGGUGGAGUAUUUUCUUCUUCAGAAUUUGGAAGGAAAUUUUUUAAAGAUGAGCUAGAUUUUCCUGAAAAAAGAAAUCUACCAGGAACAAAUAUAUUAAUGCCUCAUGUAAUUGUCGCAGAUGAAGCUUUUCCUCUCCAUGAACAUUUAAUGCGUCCAUUUCCUGGCUCACAAACUUCAGGACAAGAAGACAAAAAAAUAUUCAAUUAUAGACUAAGUAGAGCAAGAAGGGUUUCCGAAAACGCGUUUGGCAUUUUAGUAAAAAAGUUUCGUUUGUACCAAAGAAAGCUUCAAAUUUCACCUGAACAUUUGGAUAAAGUGGUUCUUGCAACAUGUUGUCUUCACAAUUUUUUGAGAGAUUGUGAUGUAAGUGGUGGGAUCUCAGAAGAAGAACAAGAAGAUGAUAGAACAAUACCUCAAGGUCUAAUAGAUAUCCCCGGAAUUGGUGGAAAUCCAUCUCUUUAUGCAGUAGAUGUCAGGGAAAAAUUUAAGAAUUACUUUGUUUCUGAGACUGGUUCAUUACCUUGGCAAGUCGAAAUGGUUAGAAGAGGCAGAAAAAACUAGAUAUAUAAUAAGAUUAUAACGAUGACUAAUUAUACAGGGUUGUUUGAGUUUUAAAUAAGUGCAAUUUAUUUUAGGGGUAGUGUAUUUCAACCCCUGUUUUUCAAAGAGAAUUUUGGAAAUAUUUUUAAUUUUCAUAUAAAUCAUAAUAUAACUUGAUAAUAUGGCAGCAUAAGUUGU